GUAUUUUAUGCAUUGGAUCAAAAAUCAGGAAGCCGGAAUGGAUUAAGCAAGAGGAUUGGGAUUAUUUAAAUUCAAGUGUUGAAUAUCCACAUUACAAUUUAUCAACCGAAAUUGAAGAUCUAUUCAAUGUACUAUUAGAAACUAAUUCAUUAAAUGAGUAUAAAAAUUGUCUUUAUAAUGUCACAUUUGACCAUGAGAAAAAUAUAGAAAUGACAUUUGUAACAGAUAUCCUAUUAUGGUUAGGUGAGAUUUAUCUUAAAGCUAGUUCAAAUCAGCGAUUAUUACGACAUAACCUCAAACCUGAUGAUGAUAAACCCUUGGGCAUGAAAGUUGAUGGUUCUUUCCAGUCUCCAAAUGAUAAAGGGCUAGAAAUCGGCAUGGUUGAAUUAUCCGGUGGAUACUUAACCAAGGAUACACCUCGUUAUUUAAAGGAUCAUGUAAAGGGAAAUUGGGGAUGCCAUGAUCUCCUUAAUGAAAUAAUUACAAAAUACAAUCAUGGUGACUAUAAAAUUCUGAGACAUUUACAUGUUUGGUUUUUCCAUAUACAUGGUCUUGAAGUACAAAUAUGGGGCAUGGAUUUGCCCAUUGCAAAAACUUAUCAAAUGUUUCUUAUUGAUGCAUUUUAUCUUCCAAUCAGUUGGGAUAACCAUUAUGAACUGGUCCACGCGUUAAGGGUUUUGCAAAUCUUAGG